GUCGGCCAGGGCUCGGCGGCGGCCCGCCUUUGUCCGACUUGAAGCAGCGCUGCGCUGAGAUCAAUGCCCGGACUCUCGGCCGCGCCCAGCGACGGGCCAGCGCUACAGAUGAUGGCGAGACCCUCGUGGCCGAAAUCUGGGCGCAAACCAUGAAAGACGUAGAUGAAGGCAGAGCUGGGCCACCAGUGCCUUUAGACCGCGUGGAUCUGGACAACAUUUUGUUGGUCGACACAUUCGGUAUAUGGGAGCAGCACGGAGAGGCGGCCUCGCCGAAAGUGAGGAGCAUCAGGAAUUUCAGGACCAACGGUGUGAACGAGUACGCUUUCAUGCCCCAGAAACUUCGGCACGAUGAUCUCCAUCAGAUGGUCGCCGCGCUCCGCCUGCUCUCAGAGGGCCAUGGCGACGCAGCCCCGGCCAUGGGGAAAGCAGAUUUUAAGUCUGCCUUCAAGACGCUGCCGCCGGACUCGCGGCACGAGUGGCUCUGCUGGGCCCUUGUGUCGCAGCCGGACACGGGGGCUUGGAUGGCCGUGCCGCUGUGGACGCACGUUUUUGGGAAUCUGGGCGGUGUUACUGCCUGGUUCAGGACAGCCGAAUUCAUGCAGUCUGUCAUGCUGAAGCUUUUCUUUGUGGUCGUCUUCAUAUAUGUGGACGACGCUUUCUGGGCCUGCCCGGUCGCCACUGAUCUUCUGGGUUGGCGGCUGGACCCGGCCAAGAGGGAUUCGGGGCAGUCGUUGGUGUUAUUGGGCUUGCAAAUCGCCAACAGCACCGGGGUGUCCAGGUGGUCGUUGAACAUUGCGAAGCAGCAGAAGUGGGCGGGCGACAUCCGCCACAUUUUAUCGACUGACUCCCUGGACCCGGGCACUGCUGCGAAGCUCUGUGGCCGGCUGCAGUUCCUUAACUCCCACAUCUUCAACCGG